CAGAUACUAUUUCCGGUACGUCAUCAUUUUGUGCCUACCAACAGCGAGCAGCACUCGAUUCUUUCCUGUAUAUUUGUCUAUAAGGGGACCAAUUCCAGCGUUUCGUCCGCAAUAAACAAUCUCGUUCAAUAACUUAACGUGUGCACAAGGUAUACGGGCUAUUGCUGGCUUGAUUGAUGGCUUCGCCCGGCGGUCAAGGUGGAGGAGGGGGAGGAGCUCUGUCCACUAGGGGAGGAGCCGGCGUCCGUAGGAUGAAAUGGGCUCUGGAGCUGAGCAUGGGCAACGCGCGGAGUCGCGUGGACCGGCAGGGAGGCCAGGGGGACGUGGUGUAUCCUAUCGGUUACUCUGAGAAGCCGGUCCCAGACAACAGCAUCCAGGAGACGGACAAGAACCUGGUGGAGAAGCGCUGCUGGGACGUGGCCCUGGGACCCCUGAAGCAGAUCCCCAUGAACCUGUUCAUCAUGUACAUGUCGGGGAACACAAUCUCCAUCUUCCCCAUCAUGAUGGUGUGCAUGAUGGCCUGGAGACCCAUCCAGGCCCUCAUGUCCAUGUCUGCCACCUUCAAGCUCCUGGAGAGCUCCAGCCAGCAGUGGCUUCAGGGGCUGGUCUACCUUGUGGGGAACCUCCUGGGCUCAGCAUUGGCCAUCUACAAGUGUCAAUCAAUGGGACUGCUGCCAACACACUCGUCGGAUUGGCUGGCCUUCAUAGAACCGCCUCUGAGAAUGGAAAUAAUGGGUGGAGGAAUGGUGCUGUAAGGAACACACCACAUCCAUACACAUACUCACUCAAUGAACACAAACA